CUCUUAGGUAUCUUAGUUUGAUGUUUUAGGUUGAUAGUUUUGAUGUGUUAGUGUAUUCACACAUGAUUCUUGUCUUUGAUGGUUAGUAGUUGGUCUCUCGUUUGACACAUGCAUCUGGUCUCUUUAUUUUUAAACUCUUGUAGUAAUUGCUGAGUCUGAGUUAGAUUUAUAAUCUUAGGUUGAUACUUGAUUUGAUACUUGUUUGAUAGUUGAUUUUACUUGUUUCAUACUAGUAAUGACUUGUUUGAUACUUGUUAUGAAUUGUUUGACUUGUUUGAUAUUUGUUUUGACUUCUUUGCUUGUUUUGAUUUGUUUGAUACUAUUAACUUCUUCACUUGUUUACAAAUGCUGCAGGUUUGAGCGCGAUGAAAAAUCAAGACUUGUUAGGAAGAUUACUAAAAUCUUUACUAACAAAUUUGAUGGUCCUUAUUAUAGUUGGACUUGUGUGCCUCGUGCGAGACAAGAAAGAUACUUCCUCGAGUUUGCGAAAACCCACACCUGGGAUCCCUUGAUAACAGGGACAGUUCAAUGGUGGUUCGAGGAAAUCUGUGGACGCCGGAUGAAGGACAUGGUAAGCAACGCAAGGACGAGUCGUGAAAAACCCGACUGGAUCUAUGAAGAUACCUGGAAAAUAAUGGUUGCGUAUUGGGAUACUGAAGAAGCACAGAAGAGGAGUCAGAUUUAUUCAAAGGCUCGUAUGUCUGACCGUAAUGGUCUCGGUCCUCACAUCCACUUGUCAGGGCCAAAGUCAUAUCAGCAAAUCCAAUACGAAUUGGAAGAACUAUUGGGAAGACCAGUGAGUCUUGGUGAGGUCUUCAUUAAGACUCAUACAAGGGCUGAUGGUUCUUUUGUGGAUCGGAAGGCAGAGAAAAUAGCUAAGGUUUAUGAGAAGAAUGUGCAACAGAAGUUGUCUGAGCUGGAGGUAUAUGAUUCGGACGGCGCUUCACGACCUCGAGAGCUAACAACAGAUGAAUAUACAGCCAUAUUUCUUCACUCCACUGAGAAGGAUUCAAGAGGAACUCUCUAUGGAGUUGGCAGCCUCAAGGGAAUUCUUAAAAAUGGCAAGCGCAAGCAACCCGGAGACUCUGCAUCUUUUGUGGCAAUCCAAGAGCAACUGAAGGAAGCUCAAAAAAAAAUCGAAGAGCAGGCUGCUGAAAAUACAAGGCGUGAAAAAGAGCAAAAGGAGAAGCUCGAGCACUUGUCCUUGGUGGAGAAGUACCUCCGACAAACUGAUCCAGCCUUUUUGGACUUCAUGAAGACUCAUUCGGCUGCAGAAACCACAGAGCCUCUCUCAACCGGUCUUCCCCCAACUUCUUGAACUCCUAUCUAUCAGCUUCUUGUUUAGGUUCCUUUUAAAUCUUUCCCCAAGUACAUAAACUAAGUUCUUCUCUCAGUUGUUUUAAAGACUUGUUUUUGUUUGGUAUGACUCAACUUUGUUUCUUUUAAAUGAAGUGAAUCUAUGUUUUUAGCUUAUU